UUUUUUUUACGCAUUUGUCUCCCCAGCCCUCAAGGUGAAUUUUGCCAGAAGGCAAGGGGACCCGAAAUAUACUGUAUUUGCAAUACAUUGGAACCCAACUUCCACUGUUUCAAGUAGUUCACACGUGACCCUUUAUCGAUAGCACCUCACUAGCGUCAAUCGAUCGCGACGGCGAAGGACCAGGAGUCGGCGCGAUGGGGCAAUGGACUCAACGCGUACCAUUUCCGAACUGAAAUCCUCCUUCAUCCGGGCGCAGGUGCGAAUCCUAUCGGAAAGCCUUGAGGCGCCCGAGGAUUGGAGAAGCUAUGCCGCUGAAUCGGAGGAGGAUGCCCUGAGUGAUAAGGUGGUCGGGGAUGUCCUACAAAAAUUAAACAGCGCGUUGAAACAGCAUAAUCGCAUAGUGUACUCCUCGCAAGCGAUUCAACAUGUCGCGCAGCAAAUCGCCAGCCUCUACUGGUCCUCCGUGAGCCAGGCCAUACGUGACCAGGAUUCAUUCGAGAGCGGUGUUGAGAAGACGGUCGAUUUGUCUAACCAUAUGAACAUUACACAGCUCCCAGUGGAACUCGAGGACCAAUCCGCAAGUGAGGAAGAACGUCGCAGGUAUCAGGAGUUACGAGAACGCCUCGUUACUCUCGACAACCAACGGCGGCGGCGGCGACUGCGUUUGGACCAAUUGCGUCGAUUGCAGCGCCUUUUGGAACCGUUUCAGGAACCGCAGCAGAAUAUCCAGCCGAAUUUGGUUACUCGGAAUGGCGAAUUGAUGCAAGAAUUGGAAAAGAUGAGAAUGCUUGUUGCACGGGUCGGAGGUCGCAUCCAGCAGAGUAAGAAGCAGCACGGUGGUAGUCAGGAGGAUCCGGCUUCGUAUCCGUUGGGCUCUGGUCAAAAGUUGGAAGCUCUACUUGAUAUGACUGGAUGAAGGAUAUGAUUGAAGAUGGGCGGAGGAAAGGAUGAAAAAUAUACCGAAGGCAAG